UCCAUCUUAUCAAACUGAUGAGUGUAAUAUUCUGCUGUUGCUAGCUAGGCUUGCACCAACCAUUUAAUCCAAUCAUUCUGCCAUUGACAGAGACCUAAUUCCUCAUUUCAUCAAAUCAAAAUCAUGCAUAUGAACUUUCCAUAUCUAACCUAAUUUCCAACCCGUUCUGAAUCAAGUGAUGAUCCUCCACAGCAUCUUAGUUCCUCCUUCCUAAGCAAAACUCAUUGCUGCAGCAAAUCCUUUCAAAUCCAUCUCUUUCUCUCCAUUUGCUAACCCUCCACCUUUUCAGAAACUGCAUAAAUGGUACUAUGACCCUAUCCCACAACCAAAGUUACAACCCUAUAAAAACACAUCAAAACACAACUUCUCUUUUCCCGUCAUCCCGAAGAACCGGUACUUAUUCCAACAACUCGAGCUGUAUUAAUUCUCUGAUCGAAAUGCCGAAAUCCCAUCUCUCCUUCCUGCUCCUUCUGUUCUUGCAUUGCAGCAAAACCCUUGCUCAGUCAUCUCCACCACCACGACUCCCAACGGACACCGUGGCAGUCCUUCUCAAGGCCGGAAACCACACCACGUUCGCCCGGCUCAUCAAAUCCACCCACGUCGACGACCAGCUCUCCGCCCAGCUCAACACCACAACCGACGGCAUCACCGUCCUCGUCCCGACGGACUCCGCAUUCUCCAAGCUCGGAAAACCCGGCAUCGACUCUCUCCACGAGGUGGAGAGAGUCGAGCUCGUCCAGUUUCACAUCCUGCCAAGGCUCCUCGCGAUACCCGACUUCCAGACCCUGAGCAACCCGGUGAAGACGCUGGCCGGUUCGAACGGCCGGUUCACGUUAACCGUAGCCACCACGGAUACCGAGGUGACCAUAUCGACCGGUGUUAUGAAGACGAGGAUUAGUGGGACACUGUACAGUGACGCGCACGUGGCUGUUUAUGAGGUUGAGAAUGUGUUGCAGCCCAAGAACUUGUUCCCUCCUCCUGCACCUGCGCCCGAGCCUGCAGGUUCGGCCCCUGUUGUUCCCAACCCCAAGGAUGCUUCUGAUUCAACGAGGAUUGGGGAGCGGUGUGGAGGAGUUGUGGUGUUUGGAGUUGGAUUUGUUGCCACGUUGUUGUUGUUGGUUGCCUUGUGACACAAGAAUAUAUGGGCGCCCUUUUGAUGAUUUACGGUGGAGCUCCUAAUUCUGUCUCUUUAUGUUUGUGAUUUCCAAUAAUCAACAUGUUCCAAUUUGUAACUAAAGGAUUGUCCUUCAUUUUGUUUGUUGCUAUUUCGUGAAAGACACUAAGAUCUUUUUUUUUUUCUUCUUCCAGAUGUUACAAUAGUUGGAUGGUACACUUAGCUAUAUUAGUAGGUAAAUAGUGUAAUUAAUUAAUUAGUGUUCUUUAUAGGUGGUUUUAUGUUUUACUCCAUUAGCGUAACCAAUAUGGUCAUCAUUCUAACACGCCGCUAAAAUGUAUUUCUUACACAUUCACGUUGUCACCAUAAAAUCAAAGUUCGAUA